CCUGUGACAUCCCUCCAUUCUGCGCAUGACAAGAAAAAGUCGAGCCCAGAGAAACGAUCGAGAGCCGACGGAAAGUUUAGACCUGAUACUGCUCACAACAACUCAAGUGUCCAGUCAGAGGGUGGAGAAAGCUUUUACUUCUUCCAGAGAUGGCAAGGCACCAAGUUCCUGCGCUUGGUCUAAGAGAAAUAGCAGGACAUAGGUGGGUCAGAAAAGGUCAAGUGGACAUCAUCUCGUCACUGUUGCCCAUCACGUCCAUUGUGCUGGCUACAGCUGGAGUCGUGCUAAAGGCAUCAACAUUGUGGGAGAGCCCAUCGAGUGUUUGUGUCCUCCACAGCAGUCCGCAGCUCAGUGCAACUACACCAAGGCCUGGUGCCGCAUCUCUUCGCUCAUGUUUAUUGACUACGAUACAGAAAUUCCGCAUGACCCGACACAGAGACAGAGCGCAUCGAGGCAGAAAAUGGAUGGGUAUCCUAUGGUACCCGUGGUUCUCAUUCUGCUGGCAUUUUGUCUCCAAUUCCCCUCUUUCCUGUGGCAGGAGUGCAGCGAUGGACUGAGCAAGAGAAUGCGUGUAGGGAAUGUCAUCGGCGACACCAGGCUUGAUGAAGGGAUCGCAAACAUCAUCAUCAACCGCCAGUCUCUCAAACGAGUGGAACAAGGUCGAAGCAGACGUGCGUUAUCUGCUGUGUGUCUACGUGUCCUCAGUGCGUGCGGACUGUUCAUGUUUGGUAAACGGUUCGGAACUUACGAAACUGGUUUGUUGAUGCUGACAAAGCUGGUAACUGUCUGUCUCCUAGGUGGUGCCUUUGUAGUUUUAGCUUCGUUCAUGCAAACAGACGUGACCUGGGGAUGGAACCUCCUGUACGACCGUUUGACAUGGCGAAUCUGGACGGCCCACGGAAAUGAGUUUUUUCCCGCGGAGGUUUUGUGUGAGGUCAAAGUUCGUCAGAUGCAGAACGAGGUGAUGUACACCGUGCAGUGUGUCCUGCCCAUCAACAUGUGGAACGAAAAAGUGUUCGCCGUUCUCUGGUUCUGGCUGCUUUUCCUCCUCUUGCUCAGCAUCUACAGCUACAUGUUCUGGUUUCGCGUUCUGAUGUUUUCCUCCAGUCGCCACAGAUUUCUGCUCAAACUUUCCCCGAAGAGCCGUUCGGAGUCGAGGCUUCUUUUGGUAGGAGCCGCUAUGUUGAUGAGUUUGCAGAAGAAUUCUUGAAUUCGGAUGUUUUGCUGGAGUUACGUCUGUUAGAAUCGACCUGCGGGUUGAGAGACAUACGGCGAGUGGCGGCAAGGCUUUGGGAGGCAUACAAAACCCGAAAAACUCAGUAAUGGUUGGUUGGCUGUUUGUUUGUUGAUUUGGCCGGAAAGUGCUUCCAUUUAGAGGUGAUUUCGAAGGGUAAGGAAACCGAAGUACCCGGAGAGUGUCCGGGGAAGAGAUCUGAACCCAGGACCCACCGUCUGCAGUGGUGACAAGCUAGUAUUUUAAGACCUCCUUGAGUGGUGACACAUAUCAUGCUCAAAAGACUCCUUCUCACAUCACUUAGCAAUGCCUAAGAAAAAAACUCUGCUGAUGAGUUGUCAGUUACAUUCCGCUAACGUGGCACACCUAGAGUGUGCAUGUGCCAUUUUCUCUCUCUCUGUCCGCCAGUAUUCAUAGAGAAUUUUUUUCUCCAAAUAUAUAAUAUUCAGAUUGCUCUCUUUUGUUGUAUGGAUCUGAAAAUUGAUGUUACCAAGCUUUGAUGUGCUAGAAAAAGUUCACUAAUUUGCUUGCAAAAGAUUUCUAUGUGGGGCUAAAUACACCAAAUAAAAUAACUUACGGUGAACUUUGUAGAUUUCCAAUAUGUAUACUAUCCAAGGUAAGCACACCUCGUGAAAGAAUUGCUAUGUGUAAAUUGUUUUUGACUUUUAUGGUUACAGCAGGGGGUAGGAAGUGUUAAUACAUUUAUAUGUACAUUCCGAUAACGACUGAAAGAUUAAUUGUUUUGCCCAGAAAUGGCACUGAUCUGGGUAACAGUUCACGAUUAGAAGUGUGCAUCGUAUAAAGAUAUUUUCCAGCCCUAAUGAUACUUGAUUUCUACCAACUGAAAUUUUUUGAAGUAGCUUAUAUCUAUUUUUAGAUUUGGAAUAUCUGCUAUAACAACACGUAAGCUACGAUACAGAUAUAAUGUGUCCCCACGAGAUGUGACCUGUCCACUAUGUAAACUAGAAAUAGAAGAUGAAGCACAUGUACUCUUAUUUUACGUCCUAGUACACACGUUUGUUAUUGGACUAUUCAUUAUUUCUGUGGUUCAUAGAGAAGUCUUUCGCACUUACUAUAUAAGUUCAUGACAAUGUAUUUAGAUGAUUGCAUUUAUAACAACAUGUUGACCACAGACUACAUAUUUUCAAUAUCUUAAAUGUUUAACAAUCUAAUGUAUUUUUUUCAUAAUGAUAACUCACCCCUUGAUAUGAACCCAGUGGUGUCAAUAAAUGAUCAAAGGUCAAAGGUA